CCAGAAGAAGAGUUGCAAUACGUAUUCGCGCCGUCGACGAGUGGUGCGCACACGCGUAGUGUUCGGUCGCUGAAUCGUCGCCAAGUGAUCCGCGGCGCACACAACGAAGAAUUGGUGUCGCGAAAUGGUUCGCCUGUGCCGCCGCUGUUUGGUCCCGGCCGUGCUCUGGCUUGCGUGCCUGCUGUGCACGCUCCAGAUGUUGGCAGCCUUCGUUGGCCACGCGGAUGACCUGGAGGGUGCGCACUCACAAAGGGCGCACAGACUUCGGCCCCGGCACGUGGGUGGCGAACCCGACGUGCGUGGCCGCACCUACCAGAGGCACAUGGCCGAGCCGCUAGACGCACGGCACCGCGAACUUCACUCGGAAAGGCUGCGGCUCAACAGGCUCGUCCGACCGCACCUCGUGGCACGCAGACAGAUAUUCAGUGCUGCUUCUGCCCGAAGCGGGGCCUCGCACUUUCUCGCAACGAGAGACGAGGAUGGUCAGCGCAAUUUUAGCUGCGGCACUUGCGCCCUCGUAGGCUACUCCGGUCACCUCCUCAACUCGGGUCUGGGCGACAAGGUCGACGCUUCGGAUUGUGUUAUCCGGCUGGGCAGAUCACCUGGCCGAGGCUACGACGCAGACGUCGGAAGCAAGACUACGUUCCGUCUGAUGCACGCCGACACGCUCCUCGAACUAUUGAAGGGUCCACAGCGAGAGAAGCGGCUGUCCAACGGCCCUCUCGCAUCUGAUCACGUCUUGGUGUUCGGCACGCCCAAGAAAGCCACUCCUGCGUCGCUGCGAACACGUCUGGAAAGUAACGGGGGACCGCACCUGCUGAGCCUGCGCAGAAGCGCUGAGCACGCUGCAGCAAAGAGCCUAGCGCAGCACGCCAGUAUCCUAGGUUACCAACUGUCCGGAGCGGAGCCUUCUACCCUGUGGCACGCCAUCAAGCUCGUUGAGACGAUAGGCUGCCAGUCCCUCAAGGUGUUCGGAGUCCCUGAGCCUAAGAUAUGCAAGCGGCAGCGUAACGAGCCAUCGCGUUCCCGUUUCUGGGAAUACGCGUCGCCACCUCAGUGCACAGACGGUGUCGACGUGGGCCACAACGAGGACCCGCUGAAACCUGAUGCUGGUCAGCUGAGCCUGGUCGACCGCAGGGCGCUGGCUGGGUGGCUGCAGUCUACGCAGAAGCUCGAUAUUCGAUUCUUGUCACCCUCGUGGAGUGAUUUCCAACGUGCUUCCGCUGCUACGUGACAUGCCUGAGAGUACACUCCUACUCUGGCGUUACGUUCAUCUCUGCAGUCGGAUGGUUAGUCCUGCGUUGCAGACGACGCAUUUGCCAAGAUGCUACUACACAGCUCCCAAUCCGCAGCGCGCGUCUUGUGCGGCGUUGGACCAAAUGACAUUGUGGCCCGGAUUCCUGCGACAUCGAAAGAACACAACUCACAUGGCACGCCGACGCCGCCACGUGCUUGAUUCAUUUUUUUAUGUCGCCAUCCAGCGCUGCUCCAACAGUGAAACGUCAAGCUUCAAAACAAUGUGGUUUUCCAGGAGUUUGUUUUGGCUACCGAAGCAAUUAUAGACAGUGGUAGUGUCACUGGAAACAGCGUGAUUAAGGUGCAUCGCAACUAACUUCGGCUUCUCAGAAUUUCAUGUAGGAGAGUCUCCCCCAAAUUAAGGAAACAUUGUUCUACUUGGGCGGUAGCAGUAGCGUAGUAGCACAGAUUGCCUGCAUGAUUCUACUUCGCCAUCUCUACUGUGAGAAGUACAACGUGUAUGCUUUUUUCCCUACCGCAAACACCCAUCGUCGCGCAUGCCAGCCAGACGUGGACAAAUCUUGGUGGAGUGAGUGGUUGUGCUCACAUUCUGCAAGACUUACUGCCCCGACUGUGGCCGUCCUGAGUGAAGCAUAAAUCGCCAGUAAAGUGCUGCUAAUUACAGCAACUCUUCUCGACCCACAAAGUAUCGAGAGCGAAACACUCUGAGAUACUUGCUACCUGCUCGUUCGUUGUACAGAUAGAGUUACCAAAUACAAUAAUUCAUGUGUCCCUCUUGUGACGUGGGCAUACAGUCCAGUAGCCGCACAACAGUGCUUCCAUCGGAUGAGCCUGUGGGAGUGUACAUGAACAAUUCUUCAUUGUAAAGCCGUGCUUAUAAAUGAACUUCACGUCAUGGUGUUCCUGGCAAUACUGAACUGGAAGAAUUACAGGGCUCCUGCAACGCCAGCCACUGAUUAUAUACGUUUUAUGAAUUCGCCAAUGAAGCACAGCGCAAUUAUACAAGGUGGUGAUUCCACAACGCCUAUUACUGUAAAACACAACACUUGGCUGUGAUCUCUCCAUUGAAAGCUUAGGUAGUCCACGUUUCUGAGCCUGUAAGGUGCGAGAACUAUUGCUGGCAAUGGGCUACGCCGGGACAGCAGUCAGUGUACCCGAACACCAAGGCUUUUUCGAAAGCGUGCGGGCUGUGAUAUUGUUUUAACCAUGUUGGUGUGCGCUCUUGUCUUGCCAGCCUCGCUGAUGCUCCCAGCUUAAUGUUCUGAACCAUCGCAGGUGUCACACACUUCCGAGAGCAGCAUUUGAAGUGAAGGCGGUUUUGUGUUGUGCUACUUCGGGAAACUUGUUGCUUGUCAAAUAAAAGAAAAUGCCUGAUUAUAUUGUGAG